AUGAAGUCUACUGCAAAAGAAAUUUGGAAUGCUUUGGUGGUUGUUCAUGAGGGUACUAAUCAAGUAAAGGAGAAUAAGAUGGAUUCUCUCAUCUAUCAAUAUGAGUUGUUCAAGAUAAAAUUAGAUGAAACUAUAAGUCAAAUGUAUGAUAGAUUUGUGGAGAUCAUACAGAGAAUCAAAUCUCUUGGAAAGACAUUCACAAAUGAGGAGAUAGUAACAAAGAUACUAGGAAGUCUUCCUAAGGAGCAGCUACCUAAAGUAAUCUCACUCAAGGAUUCCAAGGAUUUGCGCAAGGUGCAACUUGAUGAGCUCUUGGGAAAUCUCAUUGAUUAUGAGAUGGCCCUUAAAAAAGAGCAAGUGGAGGAACCCAAUAAGGUCAAGAAGAACAUUGCCUUCAAAGUAUCUUUCAAAAACUCAAGUGAUGAAGAUAAAGAGUUUGAUGAGGAGGAAUUAGCUCUAGUGACAAGGAAAAUAAGGAAGAUGCUCUUACAAAACAAGAAGUUCAUCCCAAAAAGGAACUUCAAGAAAGACAAGGAUGAAAGUAGUAAGAGGGAUCCUCCCAUAUGCUUUGAAUGCAAUAAGCUGGGUCACAUUAGAACAUAUUGUCCCAAAUUGAAGAAAUUUUUCAAGAAAUUCAAGAAGAAGGCUCUCAAAGCAAUAUGGGAUGAAUUAAGUUACUCUAAAGAUGAAGAGAUUGGGGAUCAAGUUGCCCAAAUGUGCUUCAUGGCAAUGGAGGAAAGCUCUAAUGAGGUAACUUUAAAUGAUGAUGUUGUUGAAUUUUCUUAUGAUGAACUAGUUAGUGCUCUCAAAGUUAUGAAUGAUGAACUAGAAUUAAGUCAUAAGAAAAAUAAAAUUUUGAAAAGUGAGCUUGCUAGUUUAAGAAAGGAGAAUGAGACCUCAUCUAAGGAUGAUAGACAUUUAGAUAGUAAUGUGCAAAAAUCCUUAGAUGAGCUCUCAUUAGAAAAUGAGAAGUUGAGAAAUAAAAUUACUGAGCUAAAAACUUCUCUUUCCAAAUUUGCUAGAGGAAAGGACAAACUUGAUGCAAUUUUGGACUCUCAAAGGUCUCCUAGCAUCAAGUAUGGACUUGGCUAUAGAAAAUUUGCGCAAGUACCUCCUUCCAAGAUUAUCUUUGUUAAAGCAUCUAGUUCUAGCGAGCCUAGUCCAAAGGUGUCCAUUCCUAAAGGACGAGAACCAAAGAUAUCUUGUAACAUCCUCACUUACAUAGUCUGUAAGUUAUACUGUUUCGAUGAUUGA